AUGUCGAGGAUCUACAACAUCGAUUUCGACCUGCCAGAGGCCCAUGAGAGCAUUCCUCUUGAUGAUACUAAAGAUGCUACUGAGUCGUUCCACACUAGCAAGGUCCUGGACCGAUCCCUGAGCCUACUCCUUGACAUGGAGGACUUCUGGACACCUCUAAGGUGGCAGUCUGCUGCUGACCCUCCAGUGAAGAUGCUCAAGGCGGUCGGCAAGAAACCAUCAAGCUCCACAAGUGUUGACCUCAUCGGCCUCUUUGACUCGCCGCCCUCCACACGCCAGGAAGAGGACAUUGACGAUGGGUUCGAACUACCAAACAAUAGCCUCCUUGCACGCAUGCUCAUCAGGACUGACCUAUCUAUCAAAGAGACUGUCGAGAUGUGGUUCCCCAGACAUCCCCAUAUGCAUCAAAUGCCCCUGCCUGUCGUCGAGCCCCCAUUGAGUCUGCUGAUGUCCAUAUCAUCAUCCCAUCGAAGGACCCCUCUCCCCCGCCUCGACGAGCCCCUCAUCCCCGUACUCUCUUCGGCUCCCACUACUCCUGCCAGCCAAUCUAACCCUCAGGUUGUGUACCCAUACGACCCUCAGAGAUUCCCAGUACGUUACAGUGAUGAUCUUCGUUUGGAGCUGGAUAUUCUGGAGCCACUCCGCCCUGUUAAGGGUCUCGACUUGAAUGAUUUUUAUAGGCUUAUAGAGGAUACAUCCGUAACGCCCUCGCUGGGGAUCGAACCCGCGCCCCUUGAUUACGCAGGAUUGUCGACUCAGACUCCCUCCGCAUCGUCAAUGUGGCACACAGUGAAUCCUGUCUAUAAGAUGAUGACUACUCUGAAGCUGCUCAUCGAAGGUCUCGAUGACCCUUGCCUCAGAAGCAGCAGCACUACUAAAAAACGACGAAUUGAUGAAGACUUCUCGCCCUCACCGAUUGCAGCAUCAGGUAGCAGUAAUCACCUUGUGUGCACUCGUAUGGAUGAUGAUUUGGAGGACUUGAAGAUUCGUGAGGACGAACGCUAUCAAGAUAUUCCCUUGGAGAUGAAUAGUCAGCAGCCCCACUACUUCGAUUAUGACGAUCCCAUGACGGGUAUUUCUUACAUCUCACUGGCUGAUGAAAUCGAGGAGAUGCAUCCCUUGAUUUCCGAGCUUUCAUCCCAUUCCCCAUCCGAGGGUGGUUGGGACGUCGACGAUGUCCUCGAGGACCCUCCCUGCACUGCAAUCGUCCCUUAUCGAGGACCACCAGUCCCCAUUGGCGACUGGGCUAUCGACUACCUCGCCGCUGAGGACUACCUCCCACACAUGAUGAUCAGCGGCACCAGUGAGAGCUACAUGUCAACCUCGGGAUCCUCUGAUGAGUCUUCGACCAUCACUACACCGUCACAAGAUGAACACUCUACCAGUUCGGACGACGACGACGAGGACGAGCAUGAGAGCAUCUCGGACCUCUCCCUUGAAUCAGAGGAGUCUAUCUACAUCGCUGAGUCGACUGAUACGGACGAUCCGGACGCAAGCCUGGAGUGCAUGACGGAGGUCUCUGAGUGUGUCUCGUCCUUCACUGAGGACCCCAGGACGGCGUGGCUAUCAGAGAUCGCCUUGGAAAGGGAGCGGCAAGCCAUGGCUGUUUGUGAUGAUCGUCGUCAUGAUGAGCCAGCACCUGCCGAGUCAUGCACCCAAAUACAGGUCUAUAGGGGUGGCGGCCAAGUGGAGACCCCUGUGCUGCGGUAUCGGGAGGAACUUGGUGAUGCUCCAGGCUACUUCGGAUGCGCUGACUACAGCAAGGUGAUGUCCGCCUUGUGCCGCAAGGAGCAUGUCAUCGCCUUACCCAAUGUCGACUCUACCACUACCACCAACACUACUUUGGCACUGCUCGACUAUACGGAUCUCGACGUAUACGAGCCUGGGAGGCUGGCCAUCCCGGCUCCCCUUGGGUACGGAUAUGAUGAACUGGAUAUUGAGGAUUUGGAUUGCGACACUGAGCAGUCAGAUUUUGAUGAUGGUACGUCUCCCUCCGUGGUGCGUACUUAA